AUGGAUGGAAAGGAAUACUUAAAGUCCUAUGGCUGGAAAGAGGGUGAGCCGUUACAAAUAGGUGGGUUGAAGAAACCAAUCCUAGUAAAGCACAAGAAAGACAAGAAAGGCCUAGGAGGAGCACCAGGUCAUGAUGAAGGCGAAGCUUGGUGGGAAAGACUUUUCGAUGGUCAGCUUAAGAAAUUAGAUGUAACCAGCAAUAAAUGUGAUGGUAUCAGCUUCAAGCAAAAUGAAGCUACAGCUUCGGCCAUCUCAAAAGAAAGUUCGCCUUUAUAUUCUUGGUUUGUAAAAGGAGAACUACUGAAGGGUACUAUUGGGGCUCCUAAGGUCGCUGUGGGAAAAUUAGCUAAUAUUUCGGCAGACCCGCCAUGUCUUGGAACCAGUUCGAUAAAUGAUGAUGCAUCUUCCAAGGAGACUUCGAACGCCAAGAAAUCCAAGAAAUCCAAGAAAUCUAAGAAAUCUAUAAACAAUAAUAACAAGAAGGACAAGAAAGAUAAGAAAGACAAGAAGGACAAGAAGAAGCAUAAGAUCGUUAAGAUUGAUAAAAAGAAGCAUGAUAAGAAGCAUAAGUCGUUCAAAAAGCUCACUAAUAGCAGGAUUGAACUGUAA